AGUCUUGUACCAUGUGACCUCUGUGAUCAUUCACAGAUUUCACACGUAGUAAGCAAUGAUGUCACAAGUGACAUCUUGCUUACUACUUUGCAUGUGAUCACUGAUUGGCCAAUCAGUGAUCACAUGAUCGGGACCUCGUACAGAGGUCCCGUCCAACGAUCGGUGUUUCACUGUGUCUGGAGGACACAGCGGGCACCGGAUCGCGGUGCUGUGCGCUCCCAGGGAGCGCGCACAAGCAGGGGGGCAGGGAGGCCGUUUAUAAAUGGCUACUCGACCCUGCACUGCCAC